UCAGCAAAAAAAAGAGCUUCGAGGAAAUGAUCAAAAAGUUAAUUCCCGAAUAAAGCAAUAUUUUUGCUUGUGUUCAAAAAUGCCAAAUUUAUGCAUGAGCUAACAACUUUUAAUGCAAAUGCAAAAAAUAGCAAAACAAAAUACACAAAAAAAAAAGAGCCACAAAUAAGUUCGCUUUGGUGACUAAUUAGCUGAACGCGCCGUCGGAAUCUCAGUUCGGAAUACUUUAAUGAAUCAAAAAUUCAAAUAAAAUCAACGACAAAUCUUAAUCAGUGAGGGCCAGCAGCACCACCCAAAAAGCAUCAUCUAAAUUCAAAUUAAGCAACAAACACCACAACACACACGGCGGCCAGACAUUGUUGGGAUUUAUGAAAUCAAAAAGAUGAAGUCAAACACGUACGAGCUGCACAACUACGCCGACCUGAACAUGGACAGUGGCAGUCCCACGAAGAAGGAUUCCCGCAAGCGUAAGGCGACGAGUGCCCGCGGCGAAAAGUAUUCCCUGCGCCAGAAGCGACAGAAGCGCAGCGCAUCCGUUGAUGAGGAGCUGCCCGACCUCGACCUGGAGCUGGAUAGCCUUGGGCCGGCGACGACAAGCAAAAGGCCAAAGAAGAGCAAUUCCGCGAGCAAGGCCAAGACGAAAGCACCGCCCCUGAGCAAGUAUCGCCGCAAGACGGCGAAUGCCAGGGAGCGGACACGCAUGCGGGAGAUCAACACGGCAUUUGAGACGCUGCGGCACAGCGUGCCCCAAGCCAUAACCGGCGAGGAUGCGGCAAAUGCCAGCGAGAAGCUGACCAAGAUCACAACCCUGCGUCUGGCCAUGAAGUACAUACAAAUGCUGAGCGAUUCCAUGGAGGAUCCCAGCUACGAGCGGGAGUUCAUUGGCGAGUGUCUGGAGGAGAGCGCCCAUCGGGAGGCGCUCGUCAGCGUGGACACCGAGCCGGAGCUGGAGGUGGAGCUGCAAGUGCCAGCAGCGGCAGCGGCACCGAAGAAAACCGCAAAGUCCAAGGCUGCCAGCAAGAAGUCCGCGACAGCGGCCAGCAAACGGCAAACGCAGAAGCUGGCCAAGCAGGGGCCCCCCACACAGACGGCGGCAACGACGACAACGUCACCGAUGAGUUCGGGCGAGUCUUGCUAUGCCGCCUCAUCCAUAGGUUCGCCUGGCUCUUGUGCUGGCACCGCCUGUUCGCCCAGCUCUGCCUACGCCUCGCUCUCGUCCUCCGCCUCGAAUAUUAGCAGCAGCCAGCGCAGUCCCAGCAGCAGCCAGCGCAGCAGCAGCAGCAGCAGCAGCAGUCCCGUGCUCGAGCCCGAUGGCAGCCUAAUGGGUCUGCAGGGACUCAGCGAACUGGACACGCUGCUGCUCGAGUCUGAUGCGGAGUCCCUGCAGUGUCUGAGUCCCGGCUACGAGGGUCUGUUGAGCAGCGGCGAAUCCAUACUGCCGUGUCGCGGCGACAUGCCCAUGCCCGGCUGCCUGGACAAGCCGGAUGUGGAGCUGAGCCUGCGCAUGCUCGAUGCGCAACACUCCACGGACUCCUUUGACUUUGCCAGCGAUCAGCAGCCGUCGGCGUGCAUCAGUGCGUUGGAUGCGCUGGAUGGCUGCUAUCCCUGGGGACCCGGGGACCUGCUGCACGGCGACUUCUCCGAUAUAUUUCUCACGUGAGGCGUGCCGUGCUGUGCCGCCUACCACUAGUAGCCACUGUUACACACUCGUUUUAAGCCCUUAAAAAUUAGUUGUUAAAGUGCGAGAUUUCACUGUUAGCCAUUUAGCCAUGCGAACAAGCGGCGCACGGAAUUCAUUGUGUCAUA